CGGGCAGCGCGCGGGGACCGCCGGGAGCGGGGCGGACGCCCGCGUCCCUCUUCUCCCCGCCUCCGCACCGCGGCGCGCUCGGGCUCCGGAGCCGUCAUGGGCGCCGCCGCGUGGGCAUCGUCCCCCUUGCCGCUGCGUGUGUCUCUCUUGCUGCUGAUUCUGCCGCUCCCGGGGCUGCCCGCGGGCUCCUGGGACCCGGCGGGUUACCUGCUCUACUGCCCAUGCAUGGGGCGCUUCGGGAACCAGGCUGAUCACUUCUUGGGCUCCCUGGCUUUUGCAAAGCUGUUGAACCGCACCUUGGCUGUACCCCCUUGGAUUGAGUACCAGCAUCACAGGCCUCCCUUCACCAAUCUCCAUGUGUCCUACCAGAAGUACUUCAAGCUGGAGCCCCUCCAGGCCUACCAUCGAGUUAUCAGCCUGGAGAACUUCAUGGAAAAGCUGGCACCCACUCACUGGCCCCCCGAGAGGCGGGUGGCAUACUGCUUUGAGGUGGCAGCCCAGCGAAGCCCUGAUAAGAAGACAUGCCCCAUGAAGGAAGGAAAUCCCUUUGGGCCAUUUUGGGAUCAGUUUCAUGUGAGUUUCAACAAGUCUGAACUUUUUUCAGGCAUUUCCUUCAGCGCCUCCUACAAAGACCAGUGGAUCCAGAGGCGUGAGAAUCACUCCCCUGUUACCUUCCUCUUCACAAGAUUUUCUCCAAAGGAACAUCCAGUGCUUGCCCUGCCAGGGGCUCCGGCCCAGUUCCCCGUCCUGGAGGAACACAGGCCACUCCAGAAGUACAUGGUAUGGUCAGACGAGAUGGUGAGGACGGGAGAGGCCCACAUCCGCACCCACCUCAUCCGGCCCUACGUGGGCAUUCACCUGCGCAUUGGCUCUGACUGGAAGAAUGCCUGUGCCAUGCUGAAGGACGGGACUGCGGGCUCCCACUUCAUGGCCUCCCCGCAGUGUGUGGGCUACAGCCGCAGCACGGCCACCCCUCUCACCCUGACUAUGUGCCUCCCUGACCUGAAGGAAAUCAGACGGGCUGUGAAGCUCUGGGUGGACGCGCUGAAUGCCCAGUCAGUCUACAUCGCCACGGAUUCCGAGAGUUACGUGCCCGAGAUCCAAGAGCUCUUCAAAGGGAAGGUGAAGGUGGUGAGCCUGAAGCCUGAAGUGGCCCAGAUCGACCUGUACAUCCUUGGCCAAGCUGACCACUUCAUUGGCAACUGUGUCUCCUCCUUCACUGCCUUCGUGAAGCGGGAACGGGACCUCCAGGGGAGGCUGUCCUCUUUCUUCGGCAUGGACAAGCCCCCUCAGCUGCGGGAUGAGUUCUGAUCCUGGCUGGAGCACAUCACCAGUCUGAGCUGGUCCCACUUGCCAGGCCUGGCAACCAGCAGUGCUCCCAGCAUGGAUUCCCAAGAGUGCAAGCUCCUCUGUUCCCCCGCUAGAGACAGAAAAGCACCAGGGACUUCUGGAGGAGAAGGACUCCAUCUCCCAGGGCACAGGGCUUUCAGGGUCCUGGAACCGGAGCAUCUCUGCUCCCUGUGUGCCUCCUGCUGUUUCUCCUGGGAAUUUCGCACACUGGCAAAGCAGUCCAACCUCUGUCUUUUGGUCUGCCCUGCUCUGAGCAGCCUGGGGGGCUAAUCUCUUCAGCGAUUUUUUAUAGAGAGAGAAACAGAGAUUCUUAUAGUUUUGAUAUGAGAUCAUGAUUACCCGAGAACUCUCCCUCAUUUUUAAAAAUCAGUGAAGUUCAUUAACGUAAAUACCUAAAGUGACCUUGAAUGAGGAUGAGGCCAGGGGUAGAGUGGUUGUAUUGACCCUUUUUCCAGAUGAUCCAAAGUAGCCCUUAGAGCAGGCCAGAGCCAUCCCCACUGCCUGGCCAGAGCCAUUGUCAGCCCGUCUUCCGAGGCCAUUUCCAGGGUUUGGGGCAUGAGCACUCAUCUUUACUAUAAACACUGUGCAAAUGGAAGUUAUUGAUCAGGAUGCUGUGCAGUACUCUGCAGACAGUGAGUGCUGCCCACAAAGCACAUUCCAAGCAAGGAGCAAGUGCCAUCAAGCCAGACCAUCAUGGUAUUGCUGUCAGAGUCUCCUAGUGGUUGGUGGCCUGCCACAAACCUGGCUGCAUCGAGAUCUUGGAGCACCAGGGCCCAGGGCUGGAUGGCCUGGCUGGAUGGCCUGGUGGCAUCCUUCUGAAGGCUGCCCUCUCCCCUUUCACCUGUCUCCCUAGGGGCCUGGUUGUAGAAUUUUGCCGUUAAGUUGCUAUCCAAGGCCUAUCCCUCGAGCCUCCCUCCUGGGGCUGGAGCCCUCAGGCCAUAUUCUCACCAGGGCAUGUUUGCUAAGCCUCUGACCCAGAAGCCAUCAGAUUCCCAAUCUGCCCCUUCCCAUCCAGUGGAAUCUCUGCCAGCCCCAUGAGGCUUAAGGUAUUAAAUCGUGAGUUUCUCUGUCUCUCAGAUGCUAGAGUUGUGAUAAUCCAUGACUCCUAAGAGUCUGUGAUGUUUUGGCCUUUGGUUCUAAAAUUCAUGUCUAACACCUGCUGUUCUCUUCCCUACCGUGUGACUUCCCUUGGCCUUUAAUCCUGGGAAGGUAGAGGAAACUGAUGAGAGCCAGGCCCAGAGCUCCAUGCAGGGCCUCCCCCUCGGAUUACCUUUGGGAAGAAACACUGUCUCUGUCGAGGCGGACUGGGCCAGAGGUGGCAGAACGACAAGGAUCUCAAACACUAAAGGUGGCAUUUGUUGCUCAGAGCUGUCGCCCGACUUGAAGCAGAGAAACUAGAUAAAGGGCUUUUGUGUUUUCCCUUUUGGGAAAACUAAAAUAUUCUAAAUCCUGGGUGGACUCUGAGAGAUGGCUCGUCUGUCUGGACUUGUUCACAAGCUUCAUUCAGAGGUACGGGAGCCUGAGCACCCCUGCCUCCGUGGGGUCAUUGGGAAGGUGUGGCUCAUUGGCUGAUUUUGUUGGCUGAAUUCAUUUGCUGAUCACAGGCUCACACUAGGCACAUGCUUUAGAGUCUGGGGCUCUAACGGGCCGUCCAGACCACUUUGAUUAGCAUUGGCAGUGAGAACAGCUGUGUUUCUGGACAAGAGGGUGCCGGGUUGUAGUCAGAUUCAGUUGUGUUCCUUAGGCAAGCACUUUGCUCCUCUUUGACCCAGUUGCCACUCUUAAAUGGACCCAGUAGGGCACCAUUUAAGAGUGUUCAGCUUAGGGUGCCUGGAUGGCUCAGUUGGUUAUAGGUGUUCACCUAUAAAAAUGAUGAUAAAACCGACAGGGUUGUUGAAAGGCUCCCAUUAGAUAAAACAGGCAUAAGAGCACUUUGUAAACUGAAAAGAGCCAAAGGCACGUAUAUAUAUGGCUGUUGAUUAAUUUGAUGGCCUCUUGUCGCACACCUACUCUCUGCCAGGCACUGUGCUUAUUAAGUGCUUUAUGGGACUUGAGACCUAACUCCUGCCCUGGGGAGUAGGAGCUGUUAAUAUCCUUCUCCUUCUGCACAGGGAAAAACUAACGCUCAGAAAAUUCUCAUCAUUUUGUCAAGGCCACAUAGUUGGUGGUGUUAAGCCAGCAUCUGCCCUCCCAAAGCCAUUACCGUUAGCCACACGCCCUACUGCCACCACUUCACAGGAUACACUUUACACGGGGUGUGGGUGUAGGCCUCGGGUGGGAAACCCGUCAUCCACUUUAGUUCCCACUGGGCUCCUGCUGUGUAUGGGUCUGUCACUGCCAGGAGGUUUGGGGGAAGGAGAGAUCACCCAGGAAGGAAAGCCCACAUGAAACUUAACAGUUCUUUUGAGUGUUUAGUCCACCAUUCUUUCAUUCAAAUCACCUGCUGUGUGCCAGGCACUGUGCUAGGUAUGAGGAUUUAGCAGAGAAUCAGACAGAAAGCCUUUGUUCUCAAGGGAUUUGCAUUGUAUUAAGUAUAAGACACAAGGAACAAACGCAUCAGGGAGGGUACUGACUAAUUGCUAUGAAGAAAAAUAAAGGGUAUGGGGGAGUUGAGAGAGGGAGCAGUGCUGUUUUGGAUGAGGAGUUCAGGUAAGACCUCUCUGAAGAGUCACCAGUAGGAAGGAGGGGGCCAUUCAUUCAGAUACCUGGAGGCAGCACAUUCCAGGCAGAGGAAACAGCAGAUGCAAAGGUCCUGAAGCUGGAGUGAGUGAGUGAAGCAUGGCAAGGAAGCCAGCUUGGUUGGAGGAGCCAGAGCAAGGCAGGGAACAGAGCAGUCAAGGUUCUAUAUCCUGGAGGGUAGUGAUGGUAAAGUCAAGACUUCUUUUUGGAGAAAUGGGAAGCCUUUGCAGGAUUCUGAACGGAGGAGGGUCAUGAUCUGUUUAUAGUUUGAAGGACCCCCCUAGCUGCCACAUGGAAAAAAGAUGGGAGGGGUAGAAGCAGGGAGACCAGUGCGGGGCUGAUGCAGGGAUGCAGGCCAGAUGGUGGGGCUCAGGCAAAGGUCGUAGCAUUGAAGGUAGUGGGAAGUGGGCAGAUUCUGGAUAUAUAAAAUUAUUUUUAAAGUUCAAACUUUUUUAUUUUUUUAAGAUUUUAUUUUUAAGUAAUCUCUAUACCCAACGUGGGGUUCAAACUACAACCCCGAGAUCAAGAGUCAGAUGUUCUGACCCAGCCAGCCAGGCACCCCAUUAAAUUUCAAUCUUUUUUAAGGACAGGAGUCUUUGUAUAGUUUUAAUCAUACAACAUAUACAAUUUAAUGUCUUGUUUUUCACUUAAUAGUAUAUCACAUUUUCCAUGUUGGUACAUGGCCUGAAUAAAUGAUUUUAAUGACAAAAUUGCAUUGAGGAGUGUCCCACAGUUUAUUGUCCUAUUAGGAGAACUUAGUAUGUUCCCAAUUAUUCACUAUUAUUAUUUGAAUAAUAUUUUUAUUUGCACUUUUUUUUCUGUAUCUAACAUGUUCAUUAGGAUAAAUUCCCAGAAAUGGAUUUUAGAUCAAAGACUUAAAGAUAACAAUUUUUAUUAUGGAAAAACUCAAAUCUGCAUAAAAUUUGUGAGUAAUAAAGUGAACUCCCAAUUUCAACAAUC